AUGGCUCCUAAGCACUCUAGGCCCUCCUUGGACUACUUGGAUCUGGAUCAGCAGGAGAACAUAGGAGGUGUCUUUACUUCUGCUCCUCCCCAGGCUUCCAAGAGGGUUAGAGUGGAGGAUUGGGUAGAUGGGGAUGAUGAGGAUGAGGAUGAGGAUGAUGAUAAAGACUAUACUCCUGGCCCUGCUCAGCCUCCUGCUAAGCCUGCUGAGCCUGCUGAGCCUGUUAAGCCUGCUAGGCCUGCUAAGCCUGCCAGACCAAAAUUCCUGCCCCAGCACCAGGUCAAUGAACUCCCAUCUUCUGUCAUAGACCCUGCCCACAUCGUCUAUGAUGAAGUGGAGCUUCCAAAGCCAAUGAGGCUCUAUCCUAGCUCUACCACCAAGAAGGAGAAGUUGGCUGACAUGGAUGCAGAGUGGGAGAAGAUCAAGCCAAAGAAGUCUGUUGACUGCACCACCAUCAUUGAAGACUCGGAGGGGCAGCGGGUGCUCUACUAUCUUGGUAGGCGCCCUGAGACUGACACACCUGGGGAUACUCCUUGCCCUAUUGAAUCACUCUAUGAAGGGCGCACGAAGAGGGAUGUCGAUAUUCUGAGAAAUAAGGGUGUCUCUAUCCAGAACGAUGCUCUCACUUUUGAUGAGCAGAUGAGGAUCGUCGUCACGAGGGGGAUCGAGAAGACAUCAACACUCACCUUUUUCGAUACCAACGAGGCAAACGGGAGAAGAAGAGCAAUGAGAGAUCCGGAGUGGGCCAUCUCAUUCAUUGCUGGACCCAGCAAGGGGAUUCUCACUUUUGAUAUUGGAGUCAAGAAUGAUCUCAAGACACCCAAAAACCCCAAGUCUGAUAGACUUGAGGUGACAAAGAAGUUCUAG